CUGAGGCGUCACGCGAAGGGAGGCUUGGCAGAGUGGGUGUGGAAAAGCGUCUACAAUGGAGAGGCAAAAGAUAGCGACGGUUUUUAGGCACUAUGUGCAACGUUUGCGGGAGUGGUGGAGCUUCGAGGCAGGGGUAGGGCACGUCAAGGAGUCUUAUGGGGCUGUUUGGUUGGCUAUGAGUCGCGUGGUGACGAAGAUCCGUCCUUAUCUGCAGCCCCUGAUUGUCUUUGUAGCUCGUCUCUGCUGCUACCUCGGCUUCUUUUUGUUGCGAUGCUUGCUUCGUGGCAUGUCCUCCCUCGUGCGGAUGGGUUCGUCAGCUGUCUUCGUUUUGUUAUGGUGUUCGUUAAUCAGCCUUGCGGCGCUUGCGGGAUGGGGUAGCUUCACGAUCGCACUGGUGGUUGCGAUUGUGGGAGCGGUCUUCUACGGCGUGGCAUUUGCUUCCCUUGUGCUGGGGUUGUUUGGAAUGGGAAUCCUGGUGCUCUAUGGAAGUCCUUGGCCAACGCUAGGUGUGGCGUUUGCGGGAGGGCUUCUCUUUUACUCUGAGCGAUGCCGAGGUGCACUGUUUGUCACGAUGGUGUACUCUAUCUACUCUGUCAAGGGUCAUGGCGGUUGGACCGCUGUGUCGUGGUGUGUUGGACUAGCUUUCCUGUCCAGUGACGUCGUGAUCUAUAUCAUAUCACUUGAAGAUGAUGACAAGGAAGAGAGGAAAGGUAAUUCAGCCUAUGUGGCAGGAAUGUCCGGGAUGUUUCCAGCAACCUUUGGUCAUGCAAGGUCAACGGACAAGGCAUCCAAGGCGUCCAAGGCGCAUAUGCGUGGCAAUUGGCGGAAUGCUUGGAGUCAGUCCGUGCCAGGCACAACGCCAACCUCAGCAGCUUUCGAGGUGAAGACCAGCUUUCAGCAAGAUGCUCAGGCUGGCGGAACUGGGAUGAGUAGUGAAGAUUGGGCUGGUGGAGGACCAUCAGGUACAUGGAGAGGCAACAGGAUGGAGCAGGACACAGGAGAUGCAGGUGGGGGAAAGUAUCAGCGGGCGUACACGGCGUAUGAAGGGUGCGGCGGAGAAAGCCCUACUGUCAGAGAAGAAGCUGACUGCAAUGAUUGUAGGUUUGGGGAGCAACCACGUACCGGGGAUGGUGGCUACAGAGGGACAGAACCAGCUGGGGUGUCAGGCCACGAGACACCUGCAGGUGGUAUGGGAAAGAGAGGUGUGGGAGGAGGAGCAAAGAGGGAGGCUGCUGAUUGUGAUCACCCAGACUCUAGAGUUCCUGAGGAGUACAGUCCUUAUUCCCCUUUCGAUGAGACUGCGAGUGUGACAUCAAGGUGCUCACAAGGGACAUCGACCAGUGGUAGAUCAGAAGCUGUAGAGGAUGGGCUUCCGGAGGCUGAAGUUUUGCGGGUACUUGGAUGUCGGGAUCAUUACACGAUUUUUGGAUUGCCAAAGUGUACUGUUCCCGACUUUUCUAAAUUGAGACAACUAUAUCGGAAAAAGGCAAUGCUUGUACAUCCUGACAAGAAUGGAGGGUCAGAAGAAGCUGCAGAGGCUUUCAAAAGAUUACAGAAUGCAUAUGAGGUUUUGUUAGACCCUGGUAAAAAGAAAGAGUAUGAUGCACAAUUGAUAGAGCAGGAAAUCAGAGACAGGAUAACGCGGCAACAUAAUCGACAGGCGAGCCCGGAUUUUCGGCCAGAGCCUGGGUUCAAUGAAGGGCUUGACGAGGCGGAUGGCGGGUAUAUCCCGACGGAGGAAUCGAAGGAUGUCGCGUGCUUAAAAUGCUCGAAGUCACAUUUGUGGAUCUUGAAGACUGACCGGACGAAGUCCUGUGCUCGCUGGUGUCAGGAUUGUCGAGAAUACCAUCCAGCCAAGGAUGGGGAUGGCUGGCUUGAGCAGUCCGGGCAGUUUAUUUUUUUCGGCAUGAUCAAGAAGGUUGAUCGACCUCGGGCGUAUGCGUGCUGUGAUGGGAAGAUUUACGACGUCACUGAGUGGGUUGAGUGCCAGAGAAUGCAAUGUCCAGCAAACACUCACAAGCCAAUGUUCCAUGUGAGCACAACGAUGCCAAAGCAAGCCUCAAGUGGAAGAACUGGUGGGCGUAAUGGGAGCUCGCCUGGUGCUGGUAGAAGUGGACCUGAAGGAAGCUCAAGAAAUGCAGGGAAUAGGUAUAGUCGAGCGUUCCGUGAUUCAUUUCCAUUUCAAUGCACUGACCCGCAGACAUUUCAGAUGUCUGAUGAGGAGCUCUACGAGUGGCUUUCUGAUAUGCUGGACCCAGGUAUGUUUGGGGACAUGGGACAUGCAGCAGCAACAGCGUUUCGAGGCUCGUCCCCGUCAUGCAGCUCAACGUCACAAGGCUCUACUGGAAAGAAUCCCCGGAAGAGGAAAGGUAGGAGGCGCCGAUGAUUUGGAGGCACGUUGAAGGACUCGCUAACCAUGACACAGUUUGAGGCAGUGGUGAUUGUUGUCGACAGGUCAGAACCGGGGACUCCUGCUGAUAUCAGACAAGGUUUCUUGAAGAUGUGCAUCCUGUGGGUAUGUUGGAUGUCCUAAACUUCUGUUCACUCAAGUCUGUCUACAUUUACCAUGUUAUGGCAUUGUGGUCUUUGUUCUGGUAGCUAAAGGAACGGUGAGUUGAUGAGAGAUUGUGGAUGGCGAGAAAUAUUGUCGUGAGGAAGGACUAGUUCUAGACCCAAAGCCCAUGUAAGGGCAAGGGAAGCGAUAUCCAGUGAUGGAUCAAUUACACCUCGGUUGCCGCAGCCUGGCCUGCGUGGAUGGGUUGGUUGCUCAUUCUCGGGUUCUGAGAAUUGGCUGUGGCAAAGAAGUUGCAGGAUGGUGUAAUUGUGGGUGGGUAGGUUGGGCUAAACGAUGGAUAGGCAUGGGGCAGAGAGGGGCAGUAGAUAAAGGUGCCAGUGAACUCUGCCCGUUCUUUAAAAAAAAAAUUCAGAUGUUGGAAGCGUUAUGUGGUUUUAUGGCUACCAAGGUGAGUUUGUCUACUCAUAGUUCUUCAUCUGCUUGUUACUCAUGGUUCUUCGCUCUUGCUCUGAACCCUGUACGUGUUUGAGCCCUUGAGGGAGAAGGGUAGAGAGAGCUCAUCCUGUUGUGAACAUCUGUACGCAUGAGGGUGAGAAGGGUGGAGAGAGAGAGAGCGCGUGUGUUUGUGUGUGUGUGUGUGUGUGUGUGAGAGAGAGAGAGAGAGAGAUAUGGCUGGGGUGAUGAUCGGUUGAGGGCUACCUGCAAUUGUUGUUUGUUGAGUUGUGCUUGUCUUUUGAAGCCUGUCGAGUCUCUGGGGUGUAUAGAAAUGGUAGUUAUGUUCACAACUUCAAACUUGUUGGGCAAUAGUUGAAAUGAUGUUGAGAUCCCCCACAAACCUGAAUCUGAGGAGUAUAUUGGCUUUGCAAAGGUCUUCCACAAUUUUCACAAUGGCGGCCGGGUAUAUCAUCGACGACAAGAAACCUGGUGAUGUUAUGAUUGUUCAUAGGUCAUUGUCACUGGGCAUUCAGCUUUCAUUUGUCUGUUCUUCUCAGUCGGUGGAACAGUGCCGAUAUCUUCCUGCCCCUUCGUUCAUGGGUGGACAUGGUCUCAUAAAUUGCAACAACUCCGUUUUCUGAGGCCGGAAAUGUUUUUCGUUCAGUUGUCUACGUGGUAUUGCAGAGCACAUGGCAAUCGACUUCUCCGGAGUCUUUGACCCGUUUGCUGAGCAGACAUUGAGAGGAGCCGCUAACGGAGCAGUUUGCUUUGCCAGUUUGUUAUUUGCUGAGCAGAAAGAGUAUAAACUCUUUCCAGAAGAGAGUUGGCGAAAAUGUCUGCGCUAUUAUCAGUGUGGUUGAGAGUGAGCCAGAUUCAGAUUUAGUACAAGUAUGAAGAAGCGAGACAACUUAUUUCUUGAUUCAUUGGGCUACGGUCUCUGGCUUACAGGUAUGAUGCUGUAGACCAUUAUUGUCAGUUCCGCGCUUGCUUCUUAGAAGCUGUCACUGUUUCUUGGUGAGGUGUUCGCUUGUGUCCUAGGCAUAGUGUGGCGUCUUUCUGUGUGCUAUUCUAACAGGAUAGUGCACUGUAUUGUGUUUAGGUCCUGCAAAAGAUAAAUGGGAAUCGGUUCA